AUACAAGAGUUGUCAUCUGUGGUCAUCUGCUGCACAAUGAUGUAAGUAACAUUCUUACAUCAGACACCACACGAACUGUCAGUCUCAGACAGCUCCUCUUGAUCCGGUAUUGCGCGGCUGUGCUGUGAGGAACGUGAAUGCAAUGUUUUCGAAUAUGUUAGGAGAUCUUGACUUACCGUUAAUGUAGUUCUAGUGAGAAUUUACUCCCCACAAUGAAGAUGGCACAAAUCACAGUUCCAGGAAAUUCACAUACUUAAAAAGCAAGAGUAAUAAAACUAAUGAAUAGCGGAAAAAGCGUAGUUGCAUUGCGAAUGAAUUAAAUAACUAUUUAUUUUCUAGUGAAGUGAAUUUUAGUAGUGUCUUCUGUGCCAUAUUUGCAGUGUUUUUAAUAGUGCAUAAUUAGCGAUCUUGCCGUUUGCCAUGUGCGUUUGGCGUUCUCUUUGCUGAUUCGAUCGCGUACCUGUCAGAGACGCUGAGUGUAUUUGAAAAUCAAUGUGCGCAUACAACAUUUGAUCUAAGAACUGUGUGGUCUUGUAAAAAAAAGAACCAUGUCAAUAGAAAUUCAUCCUUUGACGAAGAAUCCAAGUGUAGCAUGGCAAGAACUGUCAAAGCAACAGAAAGUUAUUAAAGUAAAUGUUCAGCACCCAAAAUCCCCAGUGGCUGAUGAUAAGAUACGAAUAGUAUGCAUGAGUGAUACUCAUUCCCGCACAUCCCAACUCCCUUUUGACAUACCACAUGGAGAUAUUUUCAUCCAUGCUGGAGAUUUUACAAAAGUUGGUUUGAAAACAGAAGUGAAAGAUUUUAAUGACUGGCUUGGUGGAUUGCCACAUAAGCAUAAAAUAGUUAUAGCAGGAAACCAUGAAUUGAGUUUUGAUGAUUCAUUAACUUCUCAAUUAAGUCCUGGUGCUAUUGACAAAUCUACUCAUACUGGAUACAGUCUUGUUGAUCAUAUCCCUACUUUGGGCUUGCCAAAGGAAAAUAUAACAGAGGCAUUGAAAACAGCAAACAUCAAAAGUUGUUUGACUAAUUGUAUAUACUUACAAGAUACAGAAGUAAUUCUCUAUGGAAUCAAAUUCUAUGGAAGCCCAUGGCAACCAGAAUAUUGUAAAUGGGCUUUUGGUCUCCCUCGAGGGAAUGAACUACUGAAGAAAUGGAACCAAAUACCAGAUGAUACUGAUAUCUUAAUUACCCACACCCCACCAAUUGGACAUGGGGAUUUGUGCUGCACUGGAGUGAGAGCAGGUUGCGUUGAAUUGUUGUCUACUGUCCAGCAGAGGGUGCGUCCAAAGUACCAUGUCUUUGGGCAUAUUCAUGAAGGAUAUGGGGUAUCAUCAGAUGGACAAAUAAUAUAUAUAAAUGCAUCCACAUGCAAUAUUAAUUACUUGCCAAGAAAUCCACCAGUGGUUUUUGAUGUCUCUCUACCAGCUGGUACUAAGAAGACAUAAAUGAAAGAAAUAAUUUAAGGACUUAUUGGCAGAAAUACCAGGUUGUGCAAUACAAGAUAUGUAUAAAAAAAGUUUUAUUUCGAAUAACAAUACUUUAUGGAGUAAAUUCUAGUGAGCAAAUAUUCUAUCAGUACAAAUAAGAUUUUCUGACAAAAUGGUAAGUGUAAAAAACCAAAUACUGCAGGCAUACUAGCUGAGCAGCAACUUACAGUAUUGUGCAUGCAAUAAACCAAGCCCAGAAUAAAGGCUAUGAAAAAUACUCUGUACUUAUAAUAGAAACUUAUUUUACUAUAUUAUUCCUUUAAUAAACAAGCAUUGUUAAACUUUUUGU